AUGUCUCAAGACAUCCUAGCAUUGUUAUUGAAGUUUGCAGCUAACCCUGAUCUCCUCCCACAGUUCCAGGCGUUCCUUGAGGCACAGGGCGCCGCAAAGUCAUCAGUCCCUGAGUCUGGCCCACCCGCGGGCCCAUCAAUCCCCAAUGCAGAAGAGACACAAGGCCAACCAACCACACGUAAUCAGUGCUUGACACCUUGUCACCUCCCCGGCGCUCUAUCAAGGAUCACAAAAACACACAAAAUCCAUAUCCUUCCCCUUCCGUUGAUACUUCCAUUCGGCAUUCUUACCACUCCAACUCUUGCUCUCUCACUCACAAUCAUGCUUGUUCUCCAGCUUGUUCUCCAGCUCAUUAUCCGGCUUGUUCUCCCACUUGUAAUUGUACUUGGUCUCCGGCUUUUGAUUGUGCCCGGUCUUGCUGUUGUGAUUGUGGUUGCGCCCGCCCCCACUCCUGCUCCUGUUCUUGCUCUUGCUCUUGGACCCGUUCUUGCUCUUGCUCUUGUGUCCGGUCUUCUACUCACAAUUGCGCCCCCGCCCGCUCCCGCUCUUGAGAGGGCCCUUAUCAUCACUCCAGCAACCAGCCUACCACUGAGACCAAGAAGCCAAGGGGCUGGGGCAAAGCAGAUUAUUACAAUCAAAUGCCAACAUCUUAUCAGAAAGGAGGCGGGUGCCAAGGUCAUCAAAGCCACUUUCCUCAAGUGCAUGUCCCGCCAGGAGGCACACAAAUUUAUAGUCAAGCAUGGUCACCCUUUUGGACACAAAUACAACAUGUACUUUAAUCCAUAUGGAUAUGUGCCCAAGGAUCCAAAGGCGGUUGCGCGCAUACAUCAGCCCCCUGGUGAGUGUGGUGUUGACUGGCAGCUACUCUAUGCAAUGGGUUGCCGCGGAGACUAUGACUUGUAUAACAGCACGCGGGGAAAGAUCUGGGCUGUGGCAAAGGCAUUUGCAUGUAGGAUUGUGGAGCGCAGGCAGCUAGAAACAAUAACUUGGGGUGACUUUGGUUCAAGCAAUUGCAAGGAGUUCUAUGAUGGAUGUUAUAAAGCUUUUCAGGCCAAGGGAUACGACCCAAAGCGAACAAAACCCAGGGAACAGGACGACAAUCUUCGUCGGAAUGCAUCCAAACUUGCGCAUAAGGACGUAAUCCCACCCAAGGACGAGGACCCGUACUAUAUCAAUGUGCCAGAAGGGGGCUACGGCAAUGGGCCCAAGCGGUUGGCGAAAUUCAAGCGCUCUGAUUCACCCUCUUGCGGGCGAUCCUUGUCCACCCAACUGCCUCCCUCGACUUCGUCCUCGAAUUGCCACGCUCGUCGGGCAGACAAGGUCGUUUCGGAGGAAGAAGCUCGCGCUACGGCGUCCAAGUCCAGCGCAUCAACAACGAAGCCUGCAGCACAGCAGGGAAAUAAGCAAAAGGCAAGUGUUGGAGAUAGCCCCCCGUCCCCGUCUCCGCCCCCACCCCCGGCAAGGUCCCCAACAAAGACGCCUCGCUCAAUCGUUGAGGUGGUUCUUCGGUCGCCAGCCCCGGUCAAACCCAUGGAGCCCUGCCGAAAGGAGCCGUCAAAGCCUGCCGCCGACCCCAAAGAAACGCGGCGACUGAAGCGCAAGGCCGAAAACGAUCGAGAUGAACCUGCCACAAAGAGGCAGCAGCCAAGCCGCGUCGUGGAGCCAGCCGUGGACAAGGAGGCCGGGGAGCAGGGGCCAUCGAAGCGAAAGAUUCGUCCAAGAAUGCGCCCGAAACGCGAUCCCACCCCCGAACCCGAACCCAAGUCCCAGCUCCCCCCACCCCCACCCCCGCCUCCGAAUCCGCCCCAGCAGCCCCAGCCCCAGCCCCAGCCCGAGGGAGGUAAGGAACAUCCCGAUGGUGGAGACGGUGCCUCAUCCACCAAGCCCUCGGCCCCCAAGCCACGUGAGUCGACGCCUGCUCCCGAUUCACCGCCCACUCCCAAGCAGACCAAGAGAGGGCGAUCCAGGAAUAUACCCGAUGAGGAGAGCCGAGUCGUCAAAGUGACGAAAAUGACGAUACGCACUCGCCGUGAUGGACUUCGCACCCGCGAAUGA